AUGGAUGCUCAUGGUGCCAAGGUUGGCACGAGAGAGCGAACGGCAAGUCACGCAUCCGCCUCGGUGCGAAGAGGAGCGCCAAUGCAUCUAGGGCAAACGACCAGUCUCCGGUAUCAACUCUUCGCCUUGGACCGCGCAGCACCCGACUCGCAUCAGCAUGACAGAGCACGACCUCGGCGGCGCUGCAAGCACAUGCGCCGGGGUCUGCGUGCACCGUGUUUGGACGUGACGCCGCGAGUUACAGCAGCACAAUUAGCGGUCCUAUGCUCGACACUUGACGUGCUGCGGUUGACACGGCUAGUUACCAGCAAUGCCAGGACGGUCAGUGUUUCUCCCGCGCCGUCGUGUCAUACCACGCAGUACGUGCGGCACACCACCAAGCAGUACGUGCAGCGGCACACCACCAAGCAGUACGUGCGGCGACACAUCACCAAGCAGUACGUGCGGCACAUCACCAAGCAUCGCGAUGCCGUUGGAGAGCGCGCCAAUCCGAUGCUCGUCUUCCUCGCUAGCGCCGGCCAGGUUCCUACGACAUUGGCGUGCCAGCCUCGCUCUGGCACGGAUGGAUCCUCAACGGCAAAGAAGAAAUUCCAUGGGCGCCCCUGCAUACUUGCUAUCGGUGCAGUGCACGUUCUGCCGGUGCAUGCAGGUGCACGUGCGGCUGCACCCAUGCACGGCAUUCUCGUGCUCCGUACGCCGUGUGCCGGGCGUGCUUCGCGAUGCAUCUCCGUCCCCGCAGCGGGCUUGAUCCGAUGUCGACUCUCGGCUGCCGGGAACGCUACGGGGGGAUGGGCGGCGGCCUUGGUUCCCCAUCCGCCUCGCGACCGGUGCUUGCGCGUACGGGCCGAAGAGGACGACGAUGCGCAUGCGCUCCGUGCUUCGCCGCGUGACAGCCACGAGUUGCGCCUUGGCGGCCCGAGGUUGAUGCUCAUUUGCCGUGCCGUUCGUCGCCGUCGGGCCCUGGCCGGGGUGUCCUUCGGUAGCGAUAGCCGAAGCAGCUCGUCCCUCCCUCCUGUCCGCGCGACGCCAUGCAUCCAUGAUCAGACACCUCGAGCGCCCCGGAGUUCCCGUCGGCCACGGUCCAGGCACUCGGUAGCAGGGCUGCGGGGGACGAAUGAGACGGCGACGGGCUCGCGCGGUGCGUCGCGGCAGUUCGAUGCCAGCACGGAAGGCGACGGGGCCAAGGCAACCACCGACGCGCGCGUGCCGUGGCCCAUGGCGAGCGGCCAGCACCGAGCGACGAGCAAAUUGGUGGCUGGCGCCGUCAGCAUGUUCGGCCGCCGACACCGACGACGCCCGCGUCGGCAGAAGCAACCAAGUCGUCGGCGUCGACGUCGGGACGGCCUGGGGCUCGAGCCCACCGCGCGGCGCACCGUGCUUGUGGAUGCCUGA